UUGUACCGGGUAUCACAGACACUAGUCCAAAGUUGAUCCUGGCUUGACACAUCCUAGAAACGACACAGCGGCCUUGCACAUACAUCAACACAUCGGCAUGACGACUUGUUAUGUGAAGCAGCACAGAGUGAUCCCAGUACAUUGGAGUAAGCACGGCCGUCCCGUGAAACAAAUACGCCGGUAUCCAGGCCUACCUCCGUCGUCAACGCUGCUGGGAGAUUGUGAACCAGAGCCGUAGAAACAUUUGAGCCAUGGGAGGGGUCGGACUGGUUGUGGUUGUAUGUGUAGUGUGUGCUCUACAGGGGCGGAGUGAAGCUGCAGGGUGUGCUCUUACAGCCCCGCAUAUACUGGAGGAGGAACAAGCACUGUCAGAUGGGGUUAAUAUCAUCGAAUAUGACCUGCUAUUUAACGGGUACUCCUCUGAAUUCUGGAGCGAGGCCACUGGACCAUAUUGGUACAAUCCUACCCGUUUUUAUAAAUGCAGCAGCUCUACAGCAGAAAGGUUUCUGCUCUUGUUUCAUUAUUACUACGGAAUGUUCAAACCCUUAGUCAAUCUUGGUCUCAAGACGCAAAAGGUGGACAUUACUACCGAACCUCUAAAUUGUUUGAGAAGAAUGUCAGAAGUGGAGAUUGAAACGCUAGUUAAACUGUCCAUCCUCAACAACAUGUCUCCAACCGACAACACCACCACGCCGACGUCGUCAGACACCAGUGUAUGUUCCAUGAGGAUCAUUGACGACAAUGGAUGGGGGAAACAGGGCUACAAGUGCUGCCGGAUGUCGUCUGCUGGACACGUGACCUGCUAUCUGGUUGCAGAUGACAUUUGGAUCUGGGUUCUCCGGUCCCUGAUAAUUAUAGCGUCUGUGGUGCUGUUUCUGUAUUUCCCAUUAUUAAUACCGAAAAGUUACAAAUUGGAGGUGUUUUCAUAUUUUCCUGAAACGCCGAAAUUCGUAAAUAUAAUGACAACUCGAAAUCCUGAUUUUAAAGUUUUGACGCAGAAGACAUUACUUGUCACUUUCAAGAAAUGUCUGGCAAUGACCAAAUUUCGUACGAUGCUAUCUGAAAUACCUACAGAUGUUGUACAUACAUUUCAAGUCAAGAAGGUGGAUUUUCAAGUUGGCUUUGAUCGUAUUUUAGCUGAGAAUGAACCGCCAUUUGGAAUCCUCCGCGCAUUGUUUGAUAGUUUGAUCAGGUUUAAGAUCCGCCAUAGCGACCCUUUGGAAGAUUGCUGUACCAGCGGAGUUUGUGGCCAGUGUAGUUGCCGCGCAUGCCCGGAGUGGCAGGUUCUACUUCGAGCACUCCGGACCAUCCUCAUCUUCGCACUCCUUGCGUUACCGGCAGUGCCGAGACUCUAUUACUUCUGUUCACCUCAGCUCCACUACCGGGAGGUAAACAAACUAAUGACCGACCUUGGUCUCAAGCAGACUUAUAACUACGACAUCAACAUCACCGCGGGAACUGUCGUCGUUGCUGUGUUGAGCGCCGUGUAUGUCCUGCAUGUCGCCGUUGUCGUCAUUGACGGAAUACUUGACAGAAACUUGGGAAAACUGUACGGAGAGUUACUAUACAGCAACGCAGCAAGGUCUUCUGUGGCACACAACACGAACCGGAUACAGUCAGUAGUAAGAACAUGUGUUCGUCCAGUUCAAAAAUUUGGUAUCAUUAUUGUUCCUCUGUGGUUAGUGUGCCUCAUUAUUUCCCCGGUAAUUCUUCUCUUGUACUUCAUUGUGACGUCACCAGUGUUCCGUAUCGCCAUCCGGGUUCUCAGGCUCCUCCUUGGAACAUGUCAGAGCAAGCGCAACAAACAGGAAGAGACAGGUGGAAGGACACUUGAAAACCUCGCCUUCAGCACAUCUAUAUUUGCUGUGUUCAUUGUGCUGACCGUGGGCUUCAACUUCCUGCUUCAUGUCAUCACUAUGGUCAUAAUAGACAUGGUCAUCAACAUCAACUUGACGAUGCGGAUCCUGCCUGUCAUCCUCCUCCUUGUCUUCUACAUCCGGGACACAUUCAGCCAGGUGAGUUCCACCUACCUGUCCUACCACAACACCAUCCUGGGCCUCAUAAUGUCUGGCAAGAUGCAGGCGGUCCGGGAUGUCGCGAAGAAGAGCCUACAUGACCAGGAAAAUAUUGUAUUUGAAGUCUGUACCCAGGAAGAAGUUCACCGAUACGUAGGACCUCUUUUCUCGUUGAAAGAUGGCACCCUGCGUAUGAAUACUAGAGGUUUGGUGUUGUUUCUUCACAAAGACGACACGCCAUACUUGUCCAAAAAGUUCUUCCAUCUGACGACAGGUAUCAACUGUCAUGGCGGGCCAGGUAACGUUACAUGGUCCGUUAUCAAAGCAAUAUUUGAAUUCUGUAGAGUUAUUGUAUUCCUGGCCUGUCUCCUCGUUAUAGUCAUGGCCUAUGGAGAUAUCAGCUACAUAUCCCCGGAGGGGCAAUUCUUCGCUACUUUUGUUACAGGCUUGAUACCAUUCGCACUCAAAAAGUUCUUCCUUAAGAAUGACAGCAGCUCCAGACUUGAUGUUGAAAAUCUCAGGUUCACCACACAGCUUGACGAAAUGAAGAACUUCUUUCGACAGUCUUGGAAGAUAGACGACAUAAUUCCAGUUACGGAUGCAGACAGGGCAAGACCAACGGUUGUCCCCCCUGCCGGAAAUGGUGUGUCCACGUCCACGUGGAAUAUUGGCGCGUUUGGGAGAAAAUCUCAAACCGCCACCCAUAAGGAAAUUGAUAUCAUUGUGGAUUUAACGGGUGUAAAUACAACAGAAAUAUGUGGAUUUGCAGAGGAUGAGGCUGACUUGAAGGAAGACGAGGACACGUGUGGUGCUAUUUCUUGUGUCAGAUCCGCCUCGGUCAGCCCCUAAAUCUAGUUAUGAAAGUAAUCGUGGACACCUUGUGAUGGAAACUAUUUGUUCAUGACACUCUCGCCUCAAUAUGUUGUUACACUUGACACUCACGUCUCAGGACGUUUAUAUCCUUGUCGCUUUUACCAUGGGUUAGGGUUCGGGUUAUUUCC